CGCACGGACCUGACGGUGCUGGUGGCUCACAACGACGAUCCCACCGACCAGAUGUUCGUCUUCUUCCCGGAGGAGCCCAAGGUCGGAAUAAAGACGAUCAAGAUGUACUGCCAGAGGAUGCAGGAGGAGAACAUCACCAGAGCGCUGAUCGUGGUACAGCAAGGCAUGACCCCGUCGGCAAAGCAGUCCCUGGUAGAUAUGGCUCCCAAAUACAUCCUGGAGCAGUUCCUGCAGCAAGAGCUUCUGAUCAACAUCACAGAGCACGAGUUGGUCCCGGAGCACGUUGUCAUGACAAAGGAAGAAGUAACUGAGCUACUGGCCAGAUAUAAGCUGAGGGAGAACCAGCUCCCGAGGAUACAGGCUGGGGAUCCUGUGGCCCGGUACUUCGGAAUAAAGCGUGGUCAG